AUGAAUAAUUUAGAUAAACCACAAAUCAUUUGUCAUAUUGAAAAGUCAGUAGACUAUUCACUGUUUGACGCUAAAUGGAUCCCGUGCAGCGCAAAGUUUGUGGUUAUGGGCUCGACACCUCGUGGGUCCGGAGUGAUACAAAUCUAUGAAGUUUCUAGUGGACAAUUAAAACUAAUUAAGAGUAUCGAUCGUUCAAAUCCCAUGAAAUGUGGAACAUUCAAAGCUUCUAAUGCAUCGGUGCCAGUUUACUCAGCAAACGCACACAGCGAAAUAAUAAACGCAAUUGAUGGUGCUGGGGGUCAGAGUGUUGGCCAUGGAGCUCCUGAGAUAGUGACUGGCUCAAGGGACGGCAGUGUCAAGGUCUGGGACCCCAGGCAAAAAGGUCGACCUGUCGCUGUGUUUGAACCCAAGGAAGGUGACAGCAGACGUGACUGCUGGUCUGUCGCAUUCGGUAAUUCUUAUAACUCAGAGGAACGUGUCGUGGCUGCUGGUUACGACAAUGGAGAUGUCAAGAUGUUUGAUCUCAAGGCGAUGUCUCUCCGCUGGGAGAGCAAUCUCAAGAACGGUGUCUGUGGUCUUGAGUUUGACAGGAAAGAUAUCCCGAUGAACAAGCUCGUCGCUACGACUUUAGAAUCAAAAUUUUAUUUGUUUGAUCUCAGAACUCAGCACCCGAAACGGGGGUUCGCUUAUCUCACUGAAAAAGCUCAUAAAUCAACAGUUUGGUUGGUAAAACAUUUACCUCAGAAUCGUGAAAUAUUUAUGACUUGUGGCGGGGGUGGAUCUUUGUGCCUUUGGAAAUAUAAUUACCCAGAGAAGAGGAAACAAAUGGACGUGGAUGGAAUAGCCUACGGAGUAGUUGGAAGUGUUGAUUUAUUACAAAAUAAUAUAAUAUCCUCGCAACCUAUCAGUUCAUUUGACUGGUGUCAAGAUAAAGCUGGUCUUGCCGUCUGCACGUCAUUUGAUCAGUGUUUAAGAGUCCUUGUUACCACCAAAUUAAAUCUUUAUUAAUUUAUAAAACAUUUUAUUAUUUAUUUUUACUAG